AUGAAAGGAAAUAAUAGAUAUAUGCAAUAUUUAUCAGAUUUAUUAAUAUUAUAUUUUCAACCAGAAUUUCCAUCUAAUUUAAAACUUCAUACAAAAAUGAUAAGAAAAUUAUCAAUAAAUGAAAUUAAUGAAUUAAGAAAUUUUAUUUGGAAAUCUAUGGGAGAUUGUAUUCAACCAAAUAAACAAACAUUACAACCAUUUAUUAGUACUUUAAAUAUUAUUAAAAAUGAUAAUAUUUUUAUAGAAGGAUUUAUAAUGUUAUUAAAAUCAAUAAAUUAUUCAUCUAAAUGGAUUGAAAUAUUUAUUUCUUAUUUAUGUCAAGAAUUACUUAAUCUUUUAUUUAAAUUUAAAUAUACAAUUAAAGCAUUAAUAUUUGAAUGUAUUGGUAAAUUUUUGGAAUUUGUUGAUUCUAAAUUUCCAUAUUUUCAAAAUAUUUCACAAACAAUUCAAUUGACUAUUUCAAUUGAAGGUAUUUUUACAUUAGAAGAAUUAAGAGUAUUUCAAAAUUAUCCAAUUAAAAUAACAGAAUUAAUUAAUAUUCAAGAAAUAUAUUUAAAUAUAUUUCAAUAUUCUACAAAUGAAGUUGCUGAUAAAUUAACAAUUUUUUGGAUUUCACAACCAAAAAAUUUAAUUCAAAUUUGUAAUGGAAAAGAAAUAAAUUUUAAAAUAGUCGAAUCAUUAAUUAAUGGAAUUAAAGGUGAUUUUAAAAGAUUGAGAACAAUUGGAUUAUUAUUAAAAAGAAGUUUAACAAAUGAGUCAUUAAGAAAUUAUGAAAAUAUAUCAAAACUUUAUUUAUUAUUUAUUAAAGUUGAUGAAUGUUCAGGAGAAUAUGCAUUAUUACCAGAUUUAUUAUUUAAUAUAAGUAAAGCAUUAGAAGAAAAAAAAAGUGAAAAAGGAUUAAAAGCAUUAGUAAUGUGUACUAAUUUAUUUUUAACAAAACUUCUUCAAACAGACACUCCUAGAGUAUUUACUAUUGAAAGUAUUAUUCCAUUUUUUGAAAAAUAUAAAGAUAAUUCUUAUGUUAAAAAAGCUUUAAGAAAAAUGAGAAUUAUUCGUGCAAUUCAAGUAACUGAAAAUACUAAUGAAAUAGUUCAAUUAAAAGAUAAUAAAAAAGAAGUACUUGCUAUGUAUGGAGUAUAUUGUAUGGAUAGAAUUAUGAUAACAAAAGUAUUAGAUGUUAGAGAAAGAUUAGUACAAUUAUUUUUAAAUAUUAGUAAAAUAUUUUAUGAUGAUUUAAUUAAAGAAAUUAAAAAUUAUCAAAAUGGUUCUGAAAAUGAAAGAGAAGAAAUGAUUGAUUUAUUAAUAAAUGGAAAAAGUAAUCAUUUAGAAGAAAUUAUUAAUGGAGUUAUAUUUUCAAAAGUAAGAAGAAUUCUUAGUGGGUAUGCAUCAAAUAUUUUAUUAGAUGAUGAAGAGUAUCGUGCUAUUUGUAAUGAUGAAAUUAAUUUAAUUGCUGGAAAGAAAAAAGAAAAUAAAGAAAAUACUCUUUGUGGAUUUAUUGGUAAUGAAGUUAGAAAUAAUUGUGAAGAAAAAAGAAUUGAAGAAUUAAAAGAAAAAUUAAAUAAAGAAAUAGAACUAUUAGAUAGAAAAUAUAAAAAAUUUGAUGGAAAAAUGAUGAAUGAAAUAAAUGGAAUACCAAAAUAUUGGCAAAUUGAAUCAAUUGAAAUUGAUGGAAUGAAAGGAAAUUUUAAAGGAAAUGAAAUGAUUGAUUUACAUAAAGAAGCACUUGUUUAUUCUAGUGAAAGAAAAGAUAAAGAAAUAGAAAUGGAUAAUGAAUCAUUUAUAAUUAAAAAAAUGAAUUCACAUAAUGUAUUUAUUGAACAAUAUUGUGAUAAAGAAGAGAUUAAUUAUUCACAACAAAUUAUAUUUGAAAUGAAUUGUGAAUUAAUUACAGAAAAAGCAUUUAUGAAAAUAAAAGAUUUUCAAAAACCAUGGACAUUAAAUGGAAUGAUUAAAGUAAUUGAUAAUAUAUUAAUAUUUAAUGAAAAUAAUAAUAAUAACAAUAAUACUACGAAUAAACUAAUUAUAAAAAAGUAUAAUAUUAAUAAUAUUGAAGAAAUACUUCCAAGAAGAUAUUUAAUGAAAUAUGAAGGAAUAGAAAUAUUUUUUAUGAAUGGAAAAUCAAUGUAUAUUAUAUUUAAUAAUAAAAAAAAUAUGAUUAAAGUCUUUACUUUAUUAAGAAAAAUUAGUGGAUUAAAUGAAUUUAAUUUAAAUAAUUUAAUUCAACAAUCAUUAAAAAAAUGGCAAAAUGGAGAAAUAAGUAAUUUUGAAUAUUUAAUGUUAUUAAAUAGAUAUUCAAGUAGGUCUUAUCAUGAUUUAACUCAAUAUCCAAUAUUUCCAUGGAUUUUAAAAGAUUAUAAAUCUACAUCAUUAAAUUUAAAUGAUGAAAAUAUUUAUAGAGAUCUUUCAUUACCAAUUCCUUGUAUUAAUCCUGAACGUUUUAAAAUUGAUCAAGAAAAAUUUAAUCAAUUAUUUGGUGAAAAUGGUAUUCAAAAAGAUCAAAUACCUUAUUAUUAUACUACAUUUUAUUCUGCUUGUGAUUAUGUUCUUUUCUUUUUAAUUAGAUGUGAACCUUAUACAACUAUGUUUAUUAAAAUGAAUAAUGGUCAUUUUGAUAGACCUGAAAGAAUGUUUUAUUCAAUUGAACAUUCUUGGAAAACAUGUAUGUCAAGUACUCAAUGUAAUAUUGAAUUAAUUCCAGAAUUUUAUUAUUUACCAGAAUUUUUAAUAAAUGAAAAUCAUUUUAAUUUUGGUAUUUUACCUGAUACAAAACAACAAGUAGAUGAUGUCUCUUUACCUCAAUGGGCAAAAACUCCUGAAGAAUUUAUUUCAUUACAUAGACUUGCAUUAGAAUCACCAUAUGUUAGUUCACAUCUUCAUCAAUGGAUUGAUCUUAUUUUUGGAUAUAAAUCUACUGGAAAUGAAGCAUUAAAUGCUAAAAAUUUAUAUUAUCCAACUGCAUAUGAAGAUAAUUAUGAUCCAAAUCAAAUGGAUAAAAAUGAAUUAGAAUUAUUUUUACAAAGACAUAUGUUUGGUGGACAAGUUCCAGUUCAAUUAUUUAAUAAACCACAUCCACCAAGAAUGUUUAUUCAAUCAAAUACAAUAAAUCAAAUAAUUGAUAAAUUAGAUAUUGGUAAAAUCAUUGAAAGUAUUCAAAUAAACAAUGAUGAUAUAAUGGUAAUUGGAGAUAAAGGAAUAUUUAAAAUAAGUAUAGAUACUAAUAAUCAUCUUAAAAUAAAUGGAAAUAUACAAAUUAAUAAACCAAAUUAUAUUCAUAUUGAAAGAAAUAAAUGUUGUUUUACUUCAGACGGUAAAUAUUUAUUUAUUGCAUCAAAAGAAGAUAAUAAUAUUCAUGUAUAUCAAAUUGAUAAUGGAAAAGAAGUAUUGUGUUUAAAAUUACAUUUAAAUACAAUAAGUUAUUUGUCUAUUAUAAGAAAUAAAAAAUAUGAUUAUUUAAUUACUGGAUCAAAAGAUUCUACUUUGUUUAUUACUAAAAUUAAUUCUAAAACUCCUUUAUCUUUAGGUAAAAUUAAAAUUAUUACAAGUCAUGAAGGAGAAAUAAUAUUAAGUAAAUAUGAUAUUCAUAAUGAUUUACUUGCUACUAUUUGUAAAAAAGGUAUUAUUACUCUUACUAGAUUAAGUUCAAUGAAAAUAGUUUUAAAGUUUAAUAUUGAUAAUCCAAUUAAUGAUUUAACAUUUUGUGAUAAUAAACUAUUUAUUGUAACAACAACUAAUUUACUUUGUUAUUCAUUAAAAGGUAAAUUAUUAUCUGAAAUUGAAGAAACAUGUGAUUUUAUUCUUCCUUUAUUUAAUAGUUCAAAUAUUUGUUGUAUUUCUGAUGAUUUAAUUACUUUUCAUAAUUCAUAUAAUUUAUCUCAGUGGAGUUCAAAUGAAGAAAUAUUAAUAAAUGAAAAAAUAUGUUCAUUAUUUAUAAUUAAUCAUUCUAUUUGGAUUUAUACAAUAUCUGGUAAUAUUGUUAGAUUAAUACAAAAACAACCAAUUACUCUUUAA